GGAGAUUGCAGCUAUGAACUGGAGAUUAAGCCUCACUUACGAAUUGAAGAUGUUCAUGUUCAGAGAAAUAAAAGUCGUGUUUCCGUGACCAACUCCACAUCUGAUCAGAAAGCACGCUCCUCGAGAAAAGACAUGGCACACAGGUCAAAAGGAAAACCGUUUUUACCUGAUACAAAUGAUAAUGGGAGUGAAUUAUUUUCCACGUUUAAAAUAACAAAAGCAAAGACUCCCAAAAGGACUUCUGGAUUAAAUUUGGAAGAGCCUGUGUUGCCUACAGAUAUUAAUACUUCAGCUUCUGACUCAGCAAGAAGGUUCGCUCUGGUUGAAAAUACUGACCAGGACAGGCAAAAGGAUGAGGAACUAGAGGUGACAUUUGACUUAAAUGAGUUUAUUGACCUAUGUGACCACAGUGAAAGUGCUGUAAUUGAUGAAAGUGCAGCAGUAAAGGAACACAGAACUGUCGACAGAGCUUGUAAGUCACUGGUGACAAACAAUGCAGAUUCGGGUUAUAGCAGCUCCACAGCUGAGAAAUCACCUCUGUCCUCUGACUUCUUUUAUCUUCCUGAAUCGUACGUGGACUCAUUUGCUCUUGUGAGACCAUCUGAGGAGCCUUCUUCAUUAAAACAAAUGUUUUCCCAUGUGAAAAGGCUUUUAUCACAAUCUCCUCCCUCUUUGAAUAAACUUUAUGAUUUUGAAAACAUGCUGAGAAACGAAGAAACAGUAUGUCCCUUUCAAAAAGUUACUUCUGAUAGUUAUUCAGAGAGACUGCGGGGCAAAGGCUUUUCUGCACCCUCAGAAGCUGAUUGUUCAUUGCUACUCUUUGAAAAUCCUGAGCUGAACGUCACCAGUGAGUUGUGUGCUUCUCUAAGUACCUGUUUUACAAAAGCUGUGACAUCUCCUGACACUGCUGUUGUCAAAGCCAAAGAGGAACUUCACUGGAAUGACAGCUUUGAUAGUCUGUUUGACAGUGAAGAAUUCCCUGAAACUCAAAAGAAAACUCCAACAACAAAUCACUCUCCAACAAAUAACCCUUCAAACAAGUAUUUUGUUCAAAAAGAUAAGGAAGGUCUUGAAAUUAACAAGAAAAAUGUGAUUAUUGGUGAAAAGAGAGUACUUUUAUUUGAAGAUGACCACAUUUAUGACACAAAUACUGGAAGUGUUUCUACGAGCAAUGGGCAUUUAGUCAGGUCAGGUUCAGGUGCCAGUGUUGUUAGGCCAGUUGCAGCAGAAGGCUCUGAGUGGUCUCCUCAGGAGUUGUGCUGUGUGAACACUGGCAAAACCUGCACAGAGCAGCCAGAACACAGGGAAACCCCAGCCAUGGGAAUGCCAGGUGACAGGAGUGUGACAGAGCAGGUUCUGGAUAGUGAUGAGCUUUAUGACUGUUCUCAAGAACUGUUUUCUGUCACCUUUGAUCUGGGAUUUUCCAUUGAAGAGUGUGAGAAUGAAAUCUUUGAAGAAGCUAUAAAUACUGAUAAAACCAGAAAAUUAAGUGGUGCCUCAGGGAGCCAUGCAGAUGUUAAAUCCCCUGAAGAUAAAUUACUGAAGAGUUCCAAACUUGAAACAUCACCAAAACGGGAUUGCAGAGGUCUCGAGAGAAGAGACAUUUCCACACUGUUGCCAUCCCAGAGCAGGAACAUGACUGCUGCAGAAGGGACUGGGGAUGCUACCACUGCAGGGCCGUUCCUGAAGCCAGGAGACAGAAGAAUGGGAAGUGGAUCACCUGAAGCUUUGGCUUCUGCCCCAACAAGUAGAAAGGUUGUGAAUAUUGAAGCUGUCAAAAGAAUUCCUAUGGAUGUCUUCUCUCGUGCCAGGGAGGAAAUGCCAGAGAUGCCUCUUACAGAUAAAGUAAAUACAAGCCCACAUAAGCAGAACUUUGGGAAUUCAGCCAUGGAUGCACUUGAUUCCCCUUUGGGAAGAACUGAAAACCUGGAAGACACCAACCUUCAUAGUUCACGUGUGUUUCCUGCUGAAGGAACCAGCAGUGAGAGUGAAGAGGAGAUUGUUUUCCAGAGAAAAAAUAGGAAAAAGAAGAACGUUUUGUCAUCUCCUGAUGUGAAGAGCGAGAGUGAUUCUGAGUCACCGAUUCGUGCCGUCAGAAAGCGCCGGCACUCGCUUCACAUGUCAGAAGCGUCCAGUGAUGACAGUGGGGAUUUCCACAGGAGCUCGAGGAUGACAAACAGCAGCUCAGCAGCUGGUGACAGAAAACAGCUGAAAAGCACGAAAAGGCAGAGGGUCACAAGCAAUUUUACCUACAAGAAUGCAGCGAGACAGUUUUUAGAUGAAGAAGCUGAGCUGUCCCAGCAAGAUGCAGAUUGUGUUUCGUCUGAUGAGAGUAUUGCUGCAGAGAACGAGCUGAACUCUUCCCUUGCUCAGUUCCUGAACGAUGAUGAGGACGUCACACAAGUGUUAACUGACUGUGAGAUGAAAGGCGUUUACCUGAAAUCUGUGCGUAGUCCAGCUCUUGGCAACAGAUACAAAAUGGUUCAUCGUGACUUCAACAACCUGGCGGUUUUCUCACAGAUUCCUGAGCAGGACCAGACUUACGCAGAAGACAGUUUCUGUGUUGGAGAUGAGGAAGAGGAAACUUGCCAAAAAAGUGAAUCUAGUGAGGAGGAAUUGUGUGUUAAUUUUGAUCUCCUAAAUAAUGAGGGUUUUACUGGUGGGAAUAAACAAUACCUUACUCGCCGCAGAAGAAAGUUAAACCAGGCCAGGAUGGGAGAGGACAACUCUGUCCCGGUGCAAAAGAAGAAACCCUCCCGAAUUAUUGUUCUCAGUGAUUCCAGCGGGGAAGAAACAAGUGAGAAGCCCAUGAAAACAGACCAUUUCAGGGCAGGAGAGGACAAUGCCAAGUUACCCAAGUCACUGCCCUCGGUCUCUUCUGCCCAGCACAAAAAAAUCCCUGAGGAAAUCAGUGUUCAUCAGCCUGUGGAGGGUAAGAGCGAGAUGCUCCGCAGCUUGAAAGCUUCAGUAUCUGAAAUGCUGGAUUUUCACCCAGAGCAUCAAGUCAGGAGCACACGUUCUCCACCAGCUCUCACUGCUGCUGAUCUGGGGAAGGAGGAUCUCCAGGCUCCCACUGAGAAAACCUGUAGCAGCGCUUCAGUUCCACCUCGUUCUGCCUCCACAAACCCCUCUUCAGCUACAGCUCUGUCUUCACGGGACUCUCUGGAGAACAAGCCUUUGCUGCGCAUCCUGGUCGACAGCCGGGAGAUCUCCUCUGGAGCUGAGGUGGUUUCUGCCUUGAAGGCAGCUCACGGGGUGAAGGUGCAGGUUUGCUCGCUGAGCAGCUGCGAUUACAUCGUCAGCAACCGCAUGGCCGUGGAAAGGAAAUUCCUGUCGGAAUUACUGAACUCUGGGAACAGGAACAAAGUCACCCAGCGGAUCCAGCGCCUGCAGAGCAUGUUUGAGAGAGUGUGUGUGAUUGUGGAGAAGGACAGGAUCAGAACAGGAGAAACAUCCCGGUUUUUCCAGAGGACGCAGUACUACGAUGGUGUGCUCGCGGCCUUGGUCCAGGCCGGGGUCCGAAUUCUUUUCAGCUCUUGCCAAGAGGAAACUGCCACUUUGCUGAAGGACCUGGCCUUGGUGGAGCAAAGAAAAAACGCUGCCAUUCAGGUGCCCACGGAGGUGGAGGGUCACCAACGGGAAAGGCUCCACUUCUACUUGAGCAUUCCUAACCUCAGCUACCUGGCUGCUCUCAACAUGUGCCAUCGCUUUGACUCUGUGAAGAAGUUGGCCAACAGCUCCCCCCUGGACAUCGCCGCCGGCGCCCAGGUCAGUCGGCAGAAGGCGGAGGAGAUCUACCGCUACCUCCACUACGGGUUUGACCCACAGAUGCUGCCCCACAGCCCCUCUGCCAAGGGGAGAAGCAACGCAGCUGCCACGACCUGA